AGGGAGCAUGGAGUUUCAAUAGUUGGGCGUGAGUGCAUCGCAAGACAUUAAUUUCCACUGCGCGCUUUACGUGUGGGGCGAGGCGCUUACAACUCUUGUUCUUGGGUGACAAGCCUUUGUGUUGCGGGGCGGAGGAGGUGGAUGUAGAUGAAUGAAGGUCUAAAAAAAAAAAGAAAUGGGCUAGUCAAUGGCUACUACCUUGUUCAUAGACCUAGAGUGUAGGCUAGGAAACGAACAAGAUGUAUAAAAGAGCCAGCCCAUGGAAAAAACAAUGUUUGAUGAUGACACUGUCAGUGAUUUUCAUCUGUUUGUCCACUCUGCAGAUUCAUGUCCAGCUGUCCGGCUCAAGGGCUAUCUAUCUCAACAUAACAUCCAUGUCCUACAUUCGACACAUCACAGAAACCAGGUGUAGCAAUAAGACAGAGCCAAGCUGGUCAAGUAGCCUUGAGCCCAAGCAGUACAAGCAUGUUUCCCCUCGAACCAAGGUCAUAGUUUUGAGCUACAUGCGCAGUGGCUCAACUUUUUGUGGAGAUCUUCUGCAGGCUCACCCAGACGUCUUCUACGUUUACGAGCCUCUUCUCUACCUGUGGGAUUACUAUGUGCCAAGGAAAGACAGAAGUUUUGAGCUUAGGUUUCGAACCAAAUCAUUUUGGCGCAAAACAAAAACGUUUAUUCCUCCACCGCUGGACUUUCUUGACUUCAUGUUUCAUUGUAAUAUCAGCAAGUACAACACAGAAUUUCUGACCAACGUCCACCACAGUCAGGACUUUGCAGGGUGUCUUCAAGGCAGGAGUAGAAGUAAUAUAGUCAAUAUGACUGAAGACUGCAUAGCUGAUGUAAGGAACAGAUGCCAAAUUGCCAGCGUAGUCUUGCAGAAGGUAGUCCGGCUGAGCAUGGCUGAGGUCGACAUCUAUCUGCAGCGGGAACCCGCCUUGAAGAUAAUCCAUCUGGUGCGUGACCCGCGAGGCAUUCUCUUGUCACGAAUGAACUUCAACAACAAGCAGUUUGGCGAGAUGCAUAAAAAUUUUACCAGCUUUUGUCGGCGCAUUCACGAAGAUAUCGUGAUCUCUCGGGAGAUAUCGCACAAGCACUUAGGUAAAAUUUUGACAGUCAGAUACGAAGAUCUGGCCCAAGAGCCCCUUCAAACGACUGAGCUUAUGUACAAGUUUGUGGGUCUGACGAUGCUGCCCUCUGUCCGAGACUAUGUGCACAGAGUGACCCAACAUGAGGCUGUGCAAGUCAACGGGAAAACGGCAGCGAAACAAACUUCUCGUCAAGAUCCCUUCCUUACAGCCAAUCGCUGGCGCCUGGAGCUUCCUUUCUCUCUAGUCCAGCAAGUAGAUGAGAGCUGCAGGGAUGUGCUGACCAGUAUGGGCUACCUGACAUUCUCACGCGAAAACCAACUGAGAGACAUCACUCUACCAGCCAGGCUCCAAAACUAUGGAUAUGGAUUGAUGACCGCAUAAUGAUCGCUUCCUGAAAAUGUUUAUGCCCUUUAGUGUCUUCACAUUUGUAAAGGUUGAUUACAAAGAUAUCAAAGAAAUGUGGUGAAUGUGAAAUCAAAUCAAUGUGAUAUAGUGAUAUAUGCGUGUAACACAAAUUUUCACAAUGUCAAAGGAGACUUUGAGACAAUGGAAAUGGCCAAGGCUUAAACUAGAAUUGGUGUACAAGCAUAGGCAAAGUAACAAAAAAUACUUAUUUUGUAACAGAACAUGUUCUUAGAACAUACACAAAUUGCCUUUAAGAGUCUUGGUACAAACAAAAAUGUUAUGUCACGUGAUCACGUUGCUUAAAAAGCUACCUGCCUAAUGAUUGUCAUCAUUGGAGAGAGAUGACGUGACACUAGCAGACCAAAACUAAAACAUGACGUAAAACUAAUAGAACUGGCCUUAUACAAACAGAAAUGACUUAGCACUAGCAGGGAUGAUUUAACAAUGACAGACAUGACUUGUCACUAACAGAAUUGACUUUGCACUUACAUAGCUCUGUAAGCCUUGAGCCUUAAUGGCGGUCCAAGACUUGCAUCACAGCCAAAUAAGAGAAAGUUUGCUUCUCCUAAGACCAAUCUUUCACUAUUGACUACUGUACACAAAGUGUGUGUAGAUUGAAUUGAAACAAAAUUCCGCACAAACUGCAAAUGUAUGUCAAGGUUAAGCAUUGUGGUCCUUAAUAUUUUAUUUAUCUAAUAGGCUUUGCGAGAUGUUACCUACACCAAGAAAUUCACUUCUUUUUUUAAUUACCUAAUUUAAAAAAUAAAAUUUUGUGUCUCUGAUUCAAACUAGUUUUGGUUGUUUAAAUCAAGGCCAACAAGAAUUCUACUUUCCCCAACUAAAGUCAGGUAUCCAUUAGAGUAGGGUGGACUCCCGAAAUUCAAAAUCCCAGUCUUCAUUGAGAUUCGAACCCAGGACCCCAGGUUUGGAAGCCGAGUGCUGAACCACUCAGCCACCGUGCCCCCCCCCCCCCCCCAUAGAUCGAAAGGUCUGAAAGGGGAAACUUUACUUUUUUUUUACUUUACUAAAAGAAUUGUUAUUCAACUCUCCUAUAAACUAGCAGCAAUAAUAGAGACCAUCAUAAAUCCUUAAUCUUUGUACAAUUUAAUAAUAUUCUUUAAUGAGAAGUCCAAAAUACAAUAAGUACCAUACUAUUUAUACCUUUUCAAAAAUAGGUGUAGGCAAUAAAACUCUCCCAAGCCUGGCAUUGUGACCAGUCUUUUGUAUUUGUUCAGAUUUCUAUGAAAGAAAUGUUCUUUUGGUCAUUUCCUUUAAAAACAAAUCAUGUGCAUUUUAAAUGAUUAUAAUAUUGUUUAUAAAUAAAUCAGAAAUUGUAUGUGAAAGAUGAACUAUUUGUCUUGUAUUCAUUCCACACAUUUGACAUUAUUUUUUUUUAUUUCAACUUUUGUGCUUAAUAAAGAAUACAUAAAUCA